CCCGCCAAGCACGAGCCGGCUAGGCGCCGUGUCAGGGGCCUCGCGCAAGGCCAGUGGGUGUUUGACACGCUAAAUGCCGAGUACGUUUGGGAGCAUCUGUACUAUCCGCUUUUUUACAUCCCUCUGGUCGACAUCGAAAGCGGCCCGGGAAACAUCGCUUGGUCCGACGCCCCCGACAGCAGAGGCUUCUGCAGCGGGACCAUAUCAGUUGCCCAAAAGAUGAUUGAAGUCGUUCGCCUCGACCGUGGUCCGCUCAAGGGUCUGGUUAAAAUCCCCGUCAACAGUCUCGACGCUUGGUUCGUUGAGGACGAGAAACUCGUGGGCCCGCACCCCAAGGACCCAUACAAACGAAUCGAGUGUCUUCCUUCGACCCGCGAGGUGCUCGUCCAGGUGGCCGGGGUCACUGUCGCGCGGAGCACGCACAGCGUGUUCCUAUUCGAGACGGGCCUGCGCACGCGUUACUACCUUUCUCCUACAUCCAUUCUUGACUGGAGCAUGCUCACCCCGAGUACCACGACCAGCUUCUGCCCGUACAAGGGCCAGGCAAGCUACUACCAUGUCAAAGUGCCUGCGGGAGAGAACACGGUCACGGUUGAAGAUGCCAUCUGGUACUAUACUUACCCCACGGUGGAGUCUGCACAGAUUCAGAAUCGCCUAUGUUUCUAUAACGAAAAGGUUGAUAUCUGGCUUGACGGAGUCAAGGAGGAUAGGCAAGGCACGACGGCAACGAAUUAG